AGGGGUCACCAACUGUCACUUCGCGGGAUGGACGGUCACUAACUGCCACCUCCCGGCGCUGGUCUGUGUCUCCCCGCCCUCCCCCCGCGCCCCACACGCGUUGCGUUGCUCUCCGCUCUGCCCUGGACCCGCUCCAGUCUCACCACCUCCUCAACCGAGAUCUCUCUUGCAGCUCCAAAGCAAUGGUUCUGUCAGGGAUCAAGAUAAUAGAACUUGCUGGUCUGGCACCUGGCCCUCUGUGUGGGAUGAUACUAGCAGAUUUUGGCGCCAAGGUGGUGCGGGUUGACCGAACAAGAAUAAUGACAACUGUUGAUGUGCAGGGAAGAGGCAAACGCUCAAUCGCUUUGGACCUAAAGAAGCCAGAAGGAGCAGAAGUACUGAAGAAGCUGUGCAUUCAGUCUGAUGUUCUAAUUGAGCCUUUCCGUAAAGGAGUAAUGGAGAAGUUGAGUCUGGGCCCCAAAGAUUUACUCCAGCAGAAUUCAAAGCUAAUCUAUGCCAGACUAACGGGGUUUGGGCAGAAUGGGCGGCAUGCCAGUAAAGCGGGUCACGAUAUCAACUUUAUUUCUCUGGCAGGUCUUCUUUCCAAUUUUGGUCGGAAAGGUGAGAAUCCCUGUGCACCAGUGAACCUUCUGGGAGACUUUGCAGGAGGUGGGCUUAUGUGUGCAAUGGGUAUAAUUCUGGCGCUGUUUGAGAGGACACAUUCGGGGAAAGGACAAGUCAUCGACGCAAGCAUGGUUGAAGGAGCAGCUUAUUGUAGCUCUUGGCUAUGGAAAUCUCAAAAACUGAGCCUAAUGGAUAAGCCGAGAGGUGAGAACAUCCUGGAUUCUGGGGCGCCAUUCUACGAGACAUACAAGACGUCUGAUGGGAAGUACAUGGCUGUCGGCGCUUUGGAACCUCAGUUCUAUGACAGACUAAUAGAAGGACUGGGCUUAAAUUCGAGUGAGCUGCCUCCUCAGAUGAGCUUAUCUGACUGGCCAGAGUUGAAGAGAAUUUUUACCAAGAUCUUUGCAAGCAAGAGCCAAGCAGUGUGGUGCAAGAUCUUUGAUAACAUUGACGCUUGUGUCACACCUGUCCUGUCUCUGCAAGAGGCUUCCAGGUACCCACAUAACCAAGACCGGGGGUCUUUUAUUACUGACGAGGACGGACAAGUGAGCCCUAGACCAGCCCCUCAUCUGUCUCGGACUCCUGCCUGCGUCAGUCUGGCAAGAGACCCGAAAGUCGGCGAACAUACCGAAGCUGUGUUGAUGGAAUAUGGCUUCACCAGAGAACAGAUAAAUGCACUGCAAUGUGCUGAGGUUAUUGAACUUAAUGGACCCAAAGCUAAAUUGUAAUACGUCUUACACAUUAGAGGAGAGGUGGUGAUGGGGACUCAAACUCACUGCCUUGACUUGCUUUCUAACAUAAUCAAAAUGAUUUUCUUGGGAUUCUUCUGCUGACGAGCCCAGUACAUAGGUACACAUUUACAGCAUAAAUUACAUUAAAUAUUAAA